AUGUCCUCCAAUGAAUCUCUCCUGUCGGAGCCAAAGCAGGUCGUAAGCACCAACGCCAAUGAUCCAGUGGCCAUCACCAGUGAGCCAAAACCUCAAACAAUGGAGGCCAGACAAAGUGAAGAUGGUGGAAGAACCAUCUCUACGUACUCCGACAACGAGUCGGGCUAUCAGCGUGAAUCCAACGAGUGUACGGAAUUCUGUAUGGACUUUUUCAUUUGUUUUGGUGCCUGCGAUGCCUGCUGUCCUGCUUCAGGAGAGGGCUGUUUGAGUAGUCUCGCUGCUUUUGUGGGAGGACUCUGCUUCGCUUGUUGCAAGUGUUAA